AUGGCUUUCAAUGCAGAAUACGAUGCCCUUCCAGGCAUGGGACACGCAUGUGGCCACAAUGUGAUCGCUACAAGUUCGAUCGCGGCAUUCCUGGCUACCUGA